AUGUCCGCUGUCGCGUCCGUCCCAGCGGUUAAUGGAAACCAUGAUUCCAGUAAAGACUCCAACCCUGAACAUAGCCCGUCACGGUUCACCGCUGUAAAUGGGAGAGACCAGGGUUCGCUGCCUUCUCACAACAACAACAACAACAGCAGCAGCAGUAGCAGCAACAGCAACAAUACCAAUAACAGCAAUCCCAGUUAUGCCGGGCCGACUGAGAACAAUUCCACUGCAGCUCAUAACGAAGAACCAUCCGUGAAUGCCCCCACGGAGCGCGAUCGCGCUUCAAGGAAUUCGGUGACGCCGUCUCACCAACCAGAACAACCCGGAGAAUCCGCAAAUCCCUCAACCCAGGAUCCCGAACCCACCUACGUCGCUUCCGAUGGGCUAUCAUCCCCCAAUACAAAUCGAAAUAAGCGAAAGCGUUCAGAAUCGGGUCAAACUUCUCCAUCCUCGUACCAGGAAAACCACAGCGCUUCUACAAGUCCUGUUCCCCAACCCAAUCCUCAAAUUCAAGGCGCUGGCCCGAAUGGCGCGAGUCUUAUGCAAUCGACAUCGGAAGCGGAUGCAGCGGCUAGGAAAGCUAGGCAAGCAUAUUCCGCAGUCCCGGAGCGGAGUGUCAGCGUUCAAUCGACCGGCAACACCUCUCCCUGGGAUAACUACGAUACGCAACUGGCGAAUCAUGCACAACUCGGUCACCAGCCUAUUGAUUCUUCGGAUGCGCAGCUCGCGGAAGCUCUUCAGCGUGAUGUCCAAGGCCCUGAACAUGCCGCAAAGAUUUGGUCGAUAGUGCCCGAGGGUGAAUCUGCUAACGAAUCCCGCAAAUUCACCCUUUCAGACACACCACCCCAAGAACGGCCCAUUGGCCCUGUACAAGUUGGUCCGAAGAGGAAACGGGUUUUCAGCAACCGCACAAAGACGGGCUGCAUGACCUGCAGGAGAAGAAAGAAAAAAUGCGAUGAACAGCAUCCUGCUUGUAAUAACUGUUUGCGCGGUGGCUUUUUGUGCGAAGGUUAUUCGUCCCGAAGCACUUGGCAGAAGCCCUCUACUUCCAAAGCCCCGGUUCCACUCCAAGCCAAAGAUGGCUAUCCCGAGGUACCUCAUUACAUUCCUGACAUGAGCCCCCAGAGACACGAUAGGGCUCCUGCUGCAAUACCUACAAACAAUGGCAAGUCUAGACCUAUCCCCGUAGACGAAAUCGAGCAUGUUCAUGUUCCCUCGCAACACAUCACAAGUGUGGCUGGCGUGGGAUCUAGAGGUUCGUGGUCAAAUGUUACCUGGCCGUCUGGUCCCUCGUCUUUCACGCCGGAACAUCCUGCCCAAAGACAAUCUCGAGAUGGUCCUGGUAUUAAUAAGAUUUCUCGUGCAGAGCAACCAAAAUCCGAUUAUCAUUCCGCACUGCGGGAAAUGUCCCAUGGCGCUCCACAUCAGAAGCGUGGAAUGCCCGUCUUUCAAGGCAAUAUCGACCAGCGUCCGAAACACCAACAACAACAACCCCACGUUGACGCUACCAACUACCCGGCACAAGCUCGGUUAGCUCUUAACAUGGAGUCCCACGUGGCGUUCGAGGCAACCAAGACCGAGAAGGAGAAAAUGCUUGCCGGGGAACCGUACCAGAAUUAUUUUGACCCACAGCUCAACCGAGAGCGAGAACGGUGCAAGGCUGCGUUAUGGCGAUACAAUAACGCGAGCAAUCCGAAUCUAGGAAUUAGCCCGGAUGAGCGCCGGCGACUCCUACAACAAGUCCUAAUGCCUCCAUUAGACCCGCAAGCCGAGCCGAGCCCCAAUACCCCCGUAGGAUCCUUGGGGCCUUGUGCCAUUGUCGAAACGCCUUUCAACUGCCACUUCGGCUACAAUAUCAACAUCGGGGAAGACGUACUGAUAUCUGAAAACUGUCUGCUCGCGGAUGAUUGUCCGAUCAACAUCGGUGCGCACACAUGGAUCGGCCCCAACGUCACGAUCCUAGGAUCCAUGGCGAUGGGAAGCAUGCUGGAUCGCAAGGGCUCUCGCAGCAAGUACCAGGGCCGCCCUGUCGUUAUUGCUGAGGACUGUUGGAUUGGCGCUGGGGCUACGAUUUUACCCGGUGUGAGUCUCGGGAGGGGUGCGUAUAUUGCCCCGGGAGAAGUUGUCAAGCAACAAAUACUGCCGUACGGUUUCCAAGGGUUGAAGCCUAAUUUCCCUUAA